CACAUUUCCACGGAUGAAAGCUGCCCUGUAGUCGGUGUAUAUGUAAGAUUUUGUAACGCUGUCAAUUCAUUUUGAGUAAGGUUACUGUUAAGGGGGGAAAACAGCAGCGUACAGUAACCCUGCGCGUCGUAUAGAAGUUUUGACGGCAGAAUUUGGACGCCGUUAAGUAAUGAUGAUGACAGGAUUUCGACUAAACCUGACUCCGCUUAAAGAACCACUCGGAUUUAUCAAAAUUUUGGAAUGGUUAACUGCCAUUUUUGCCUUUGGAAGCAGUGGAAGCUUUAGUGGUCGGAAUGUCAUUUCACUUUUCUGUGGAGGUAGUAGAAAUGAAACAUUGAAUGUCACAUUUCACUAUCCUUUCAGGCUAAAUGAGGUGAUGCUGGUGGGCUCCAAUUCCACACUCUGUGGCCGCAGUGUUCAGGAGACUCAUCUUGUUGGUGACUCUGCCUUCUCUGCUGAAGCCUUUGUGGCAGUGGCCAUCGUGGCUUUCUGCUACUGCAUGGCAGCGCUGCUGAUAUACUUGGGAUAUAUGGACAGCUACAGAGAUCCUCAAGGAUCAUCAUGGCCUCAAGCUGACUUCAUUCUGACGGUCCUCUUUGCGGCCCUGUGGCUUAUCUGCUCGUCCGCCUGGGCCAAAGGCCUCCAGAACGUGAGGGAUUCCACCAGCACCGCUGGCAUCCGGUCCACCCUGUCAGUGUGCCAGGUGCAAGGUGUGUCCUGUGAGGUCACCGAGAGAUCCAGCAUGCGCACCCUCAGCGUCUCUGUGGUAUUUGGCUUCUUGAACCUGGUCCUGUGGCUGGGUAAUGUGUGGUUUACCUAUAAAGAGACGCCCUGGCACUCUCAGACUCCUGCGGCAGAAACAAUACCGGUCCGUAGACAAGUGCCUGUACCCAUCUGAAGUGGCUGCUCUAAGAUGCUACACUAACUCCAAUGACUGUUAGGGGAAAAUGUCCUCCAAUUUCCUCAGAACAGAAACUGUAUUCACAUGUCCCUCUUUCCUAGUGUAUGUGUAUAUACUGUAUGGCUGUUUGUGAGGAAUAUAUGUAUGUAAAUAACAGAAAGAUCUAAUAUUACCUCACAUCUAACUCAUGUUGUAUAAGAAUGUUAUUUCUCACUUAUUCGCUUUUAGUUUACUUACUGAUGACUUCUGGGCAUUUUUGUCCAUUAAGCUGCAAUGACUGUCAAGCUGUCACUUUUCUAAUGUCACUGAUGGUAUUCUUUUUUUUUUUUUUAGAGUUGUAGGUGUGUCUGCAUAGGGAGCUUGUGUGGUAUCAACAAUGCCCUGAAUUUGAUAUUGUAAAGUUAAGCGCAAAUGGUUGAUGGUUGGUGGUUGGUUCAGGUUAUUAAACAGAGUUUGAUGCUUCACGAGAAAGCUUUUCAUUAGUUAAAAAAAAAAACUGACAAAAAUUGGCGACACAUGCCUUUCCAAAUAAAUUAUAUAAAGAGAAUUAAAGGCAGAGAUUACAUUCUUUCCUUUGAAAGUCAAAUAAAUUAGAUCAGAGCUUUCUCUAAAAACGCCUGCUUUUGCUCUGUCUCUAACUGCACAAUCUGUAGUAAGCCUAUGGACUGGAUUGCACUGUUGUUGUUUUAAGUGUUCUUCCUGUUUCAUGCUUGUCUUGUGACUGUUGAUCUUCAAUUUCCCUGGAGGUAUAAAGAGAACAAAUAGCAUACUAUCUGAAGUUGUGACACUAAUGUCUGCUGCUCCAGGGAGCACAAGACACACAUAAAGAAGGUACA